UAUGAAGAGUAUGCAAAGCUAAAAGAUGGUUGCAUUUAUGUUGAGUUAGAUAAAGAAAAAUUGUUGCAUAAAGCUGGCGGACAGUGCAUUCAACUGAACAAUUGUCAGUCUAUAAAAAAUCAAAUUUCUUCUACGGAGCCUUCACUGCUUAAUGAUCUUGCAGAUCAAUAUUAUCAAAACUGUUCGAACAACUUGAAUAGUCCGGAAAGUGGAUAUGCAACUUCACCUUCUAGUGCUUCUCCUCACCUUGGUGAUCAGUCAUGUUCCACUUUUUCAAUUCACAAAUCAUUCUCUGAUGAAGAAGAAAAAUAUAUUUUGGAAGGCAUAGAUGAAAUGACAGCUGAAAAUAAAGGUGGCAUUUUGAAUGCAAGUGCAAAUGUGGAGAUAAUAAAACAGUUUUUGGAAGGUGAAAAUCCAGAAAAUGUUCAAGAGCCUUUAAAUGGCACUUACUUGCAGAGUUCUAAACAAAUUUCUUUAAAAUGCAAACCAAUUGGAAAAGUAGCAAAGAAAAGGUUAUAUGCUGAAUUAUACAAAGAAAAGUAUGAAGAAGAAAAGGAAAAAAUAUAUAGAAGGUUACAGCAACAGCAUACUGAAAUCAUUUAUGUUCCCAAAGAAGAAAAUCCAAAAGAUCAAAGUAAUUUGCAUCUUGCUGUUUUGAACUCCAAUAUUGAAGAGAUUUAUUGUAUUGUGGAAAUCCACAAACAAUACAACAAACCUUUCUCUGAUAUCAAUAUAAGAGAUAAAUUGGGAAAGACUGCAUUAGAUUAUGCUUUGAAACUCACAAGAGAACAAGAAAAAUUCACCCUUGUGGUCGAUUACUUAAAAGAAAAUACAGCUCAACAAGGCGUAAGUCUCAAGACAUAGACAAGGGAAAAGCUUCAAGUGAUUAUUUUAUCAGUGACAGAGGCUUGGUUCUCAGAACUUAUUUAGAAUUGUUCAAUUAUUUGAAAAUCAACCGAAAGACUUUAAAAACUAGCAAUCUGUAUUGUAGACUUUGUAAACAUUUAAAGAAACUAUACACCUGUAUUUAGUAUUUCCUCUAGGAUAAAAAUAAAAAUGCCAAAGCUAGAAAGCUUAACAGAGUUUAGUUCCUAAACUUAUGUUUUAAUUGGCAGAAAUGUGUGUCCUAUUUAAUGAUUUCAAUUUGCAUUGUUUAAAAUUCAUAUUUGAAAAUAAUAAUACAGUUAAUGAAAGUUAAAUAUAAUUCAUUUUUUAAUUUUCUCACUGUGAACUAUAAGUGAACAAGAAAGAUCAAAAUCUUGAAAUACCUUUUUUAGAAACUUCUGUUGUGGAAAAUCAAUAAUUCAAAUGCACCCUUUAAAUGCAAUUCUCUGGAAAUAAAAUGAAUUUUUAAUUUAAAUCUGUUGCCCAUUAAACUUGCAAAUUCUCUUUUCAAGAAUCCUAUAAACACUGAUGCAAACAAACCAGUAUAUAUGUAAUAAAUUCAAAAAAAAAAAAAAAUAUCAAGUUAACUUUUAAAUUUUGUCAUUACCAUUGCACAAGCAGAGGGAUCCAGAAAUUCUUGUAAGGGGGGGAUCAAGUUCCAAUUUUCAGCGUUCCCCACAAAUGAGACCAAAACCCUUUCAAAUUAUCCUCCCUCCUUUCCUAAAUAUUUCAAUGACGGAAACUGCGCCAUGGAUCAUACAGGGUUCGUACACCUCUUGAAAAUCCUGAAAAACUCCUGAAAUUUAAUUUUUUCUUCUAAGGGCCCUUAAAACUCCUGAACUUUUGUUUUAACCUCCUGAUUUUCCCCCUCUCCUGAAAAUAUUUUUUACUAGUAAAAGUGCUUCAUCAAUCUCAAAAUAAAACUUUAACAAUCGCUAAUUUAAAUUCUAUGUCAUCUCCGUUUAGGCGGCCAUAUUGAAUCGCUGGCAGCCAAUCAAAUUCUCGAAUUAUACAGAGCACCCAGUGCAUUUGGUAAAGACAUGGGGUCUGUUCGAACAUGCCCAUAACGUUUACUGAUCGUAACUGCCACUAGAGAACGAACCAAGAGCAUGUGCUAGGUUUUGUGUUAACAGCAACAGCUAUUAAGCAUAUUUUUGAUAUUGCUAAUUAGUAGUGCUAUUUCUAUUUUGUAGUAUUUGUAGUAUCGAGAAUAUGCCAAUAUAUCUAUUGGGAUUGGGACUUUGUUAAUAAUUUGUUUAUUCCUUUUAUUUUUAUGAAUUUUAUAAAUUUCAUUCGUGUAUUUUAACUUAUUGAACGAAAAUGAAAAGCUUUCAGGCUGAUAUAUUUGUAGAAACUCUUGUUAAUCCUUCUGAUAAAUCUGAAAAGUCAUCACAAGAAAACUUGUCUUGUCACUCAUACUACUCAGGAUCAGGGGUGCCCACAGAAAGGGAUUAUGGUGCAAGUUGCGCCAUCAAAAUUUUGGGAGGGAUUUUAAUUUUUUUCACAUUGAUUUAUUUAAAUUCAUUUAUGGAUUUAUUUUUAAAUCAAAUUAUUUAUUUUACUUUAUUAUGUUCAUAUUUUAUUUAAUUUAUUUAUUAGUUGCUGUGUGUGUGUAUGUUAUUGGUGUAGUACAGAACUUUCUAAUAAAGUAUUAAUUAAAAGUAAAUCAAAUAAAAAAAGAAAGCUAAAAGUAAAAAAUAAAAAUGAGAAAGAGGGUUGAGAAAAAUUUUGGGGGGGAAUUUGGGGAGAUGGACACCCCUGCUCAGGAUCAUCCAAGUGUGACAAUGUGAGACACAAAAAUAUUUUGCUACGUAAUCUGGGGAACUGACCCUGAGUAGUAUAUGCUGCUAAAUUACUACAAUCUGCUAUGAUACAAGUAUGUUCUAGCUACAUUUUCAGAGGAAACUUGGUAUUUAUUUGCACGAAAACAAUUAGAUCAACUACUGCAAAUAAUUAUAUAAAAUCUUCCUAUAUAGAAAUGAACACCAACAAUGACAAAAGUAAGAUAGUAGACAAUAGAUCAAAGUUAAAGUUAUAAGUAGAAAAUGAUAUGAAAUGAUUGCAAACAGUAAAGAGUCAAAGAAUGAACGUGCAACUACCAAUACUACAAAUUAAAAUAGGAAGGGGGAAAAACCAAUAAAUCUAGUUUAUAGAAUAAUGCAUUAAAAAAAACCGCAUCCUCACAUACCAAGCACAAAAUAUGAAAAGAAGGCAAGAAUAUCACUAAAAACAAUUAGAAAAGUAAUGAUUUGUUGCUAGCUUAAUCGUUUUUAUCCAAUUUAUAAUAGUUACUUUCCGUUACCAAUAACAAUAACCCCGUAAACGAGCUUGGUCAAUCCUUUGUAUUAUGAUGUGCUGGGAAGAAAUACCUUACAGAACCAAGCAAAAAAAAAGAGGUUAACAUUGAUUUCAUGUUCUACUUUUUCAGAUCAAAAAAUUGUUUGAUAAUAAGCAAACUAAAAAAAAAAAAAUUCACAAGGAGGUCAGCUGACCCUUGUGCACAAGGACUAGAGUUCACUAACAAUCAGCCAAAAAAUAACUUGCAAAGUCACAUAAAUAGCCAUUAUAGGUAUAAUACAACAAAAACUUUUUAUGACCUGAAAUUGUUUGAACAUUCUUUUUCAAAAACCUAAAUGUUUCAGGAACAUCCUUGAUAGUAGUAUAAUCAGAAGCAUUGCCCUCCCUUAUCUACUAGAUUUUGUUGGCAGAUAUGUAUUUACUGCAUUUCAAAUGCAUUAUUUUAAUACUGUCAGGCAGUUGCUAAGAAGCUAAAUUAUAGCAUUUUAGUUUUAUGCUUUUGCUGCCUCUUUCAAAAAAAUAUAAAUGUGUUUGAGUUUGUUUAUGUUUGCAGGUGGCAUGGAUAAUUUGUGGAAAGUAUGUUUAUAAUGCAAAAAAAAAAAAAAAAAAAAAAACAGUAAAAGCAUUACUUUUAAAAAAAAUCAAGGUGUAUGCUUUUGCAUUGUUUGUUUUGCUUCAUUAUAUUUUGUUUUCUGGGAGAUAUGAAAUUUAGUUCUCCUGUACAUAGCUCUUGUAUAGGCAAAACAUACAAGGAAUGUAAAAUGUAAUACUUAUCCAUUAGAGUGAUUUGUGAACUGUUCCUAGUUUCAUAUACUACUUAUUUCAUAGAAAGAAAUUGGAUCAAUAUUCUUGAAUUGGAAUGAACUAUAAAUGUAGUUUUAUAAUGUUGCAAUAGUUUUAUAAUGUUGCCGGAGACAAUCAUGGAAAAUUUUUGUUGUAAAUAGACUCAUGGGAAGUGUGUUGUAAAUAGUGUGUCUGGUUUACUAAGCAUUUAUUAUACUUACUGAUGCUGUAUAGAUGAAAUCUUCACAUUAUACAAAGCAGUGCUAAUAGAAUGCUUUUUUGUGCAAUUUUUUUUCUGUAAACCUUUUGACUUUUUUUUUCACAGUAUCUUAUUUAUAAUUAUUUUUUAAGGAGCUCAUUAGCCCUAUAUUUGAUCACAGGACUUGUUUGUAGAUUUAUUUUCUUUAAAAGUAUUAUGCUGAAACGUAUUCAGGUGUCAUAGUUUGUCACGUUUAGUAGAAAUCACUUAAAACUUUCCUUUGUAACUUUGCUACACAUUAUACUAUCUGCAAGAUCUAGAAUUUUUUCGACCCAAAGCAAAUCUUAAAACUCACCCUUUUCCAUCUUUUUUCAAGUUUUUAUAAUGAGUUUCAAAAAAAAAAACAGAAAUAGGGUAACACUGCAUAACUGUGAUAAAACAAUUUUUAAAAAGUACUUAAUUUUUUAACUGCACUUUAAUGUACUGUAAUUUAGUUACCUUAUUAUUAUUAUUAGUUUUUUUUUCUCUUUAAUUGAUGUAUAGGAUUUUUAGUCUUAUUUCAAUUAAAAAAUUAUUAUCAUUUUAAAGUAAAUUCUAUUUAAGAAUUGUGUAUACACAAAAAACAAAUAAGAUUUAGUCAGUGAAAACAUUUUACAUUAUUUGAGCAUUUUGUCUUACGAUAGUUAUAAACCUUAAAAAGAUCAAAUUCUUUGUCAGUUGAAUGCUGAAGGAGCAGUUAAAAAAUUUUAAAAAAACCAAGAAUGUAAUGUAAAUUUUAAAAACACAAAGCUUAACAAUGAAUGAGCAUUUCAUGUUCUACUUGAACAAAAUGCUAACCCUGAACCAAAAUGUUUGUAUAAAGAUCACAGCAAGAAAUUUUUAUUCUAAGUAAUUAGUUAUCAGCAAAUGUAUUAACAGAUGAAUAAAAAGCCCAGAAUAGGGAAAAUUUUAUUUUUAAUUCAAUUCUUAAGUAUCCAAUGUAAAGCUAUCUGAUGGUCUACAGACUGAUAAGUCACAUCCAAAUAUUGCCUUGCCCUUCAAUGUCAUCAAUGUUUCCUGCUCUUGAUUUUUAUUCCUUAAAUGUUGAACUUCAUAUUUGUUGGAAGUAUUGUAAUGCUUUUCCGAUCUUUAUAUACAUACACUCAGAUAUAAGAAAUGCAAAACCAAAAUCAGCUUGGAUACAAUAAUGUAACAUUCAGUGAAGUCAUCAUUACUCUGAACCCACCGUAAAGCAAUAAUGUAUUUUAAUUUGUCCUCUAGUUAAAGUCGGCAAAAACUUAUUUAAUAGGGUAUUACAUGCAUGCUAAAUUUGCUCGGGUAAACCUGUGUAACUUUACUCUUGUUACUUAAAGAAUGUUCAUACGUUUAAUGAAAAAUAUAAUGACAAUAAAGUGUUGAAAUAAUAAGUUAACAUGUAAUGUAAAUUAUAUUUUUCUUUUCUAUUUAAAUUUUAUACCCCUGUCAGUUUCCUUUUGUUGUUGCAUUUCGUUCAUGCACUACUUUUUGCAAAUGUGUUGAUUUUCCCCCAGAAUAUUGUUUCCCUUAUUUAUAUUAGACUUGAAUUCAUUUCAGUUUGUUUGCAAAAAAUGUAUUUAAUCAAAUUAUUGUGUUUUAAGAUAGUAUGUUUUAAUGUCUAUUUUAAAUGUUUGUACUUUAAAAGUUUAAAUACUUUUCUACAUUAAUGUACAAUUUCCAUGUUUAUGCCAUAAUUUUCUAAUGAGCUAUUAUGAAUACUUAUUUUGUUAUUGUUAUUUUUAAUAAAUAUAUAUUUC